AUGCACUUCCCUCUUUCCACCGCCCUACUAUCCCUCUCCCUCCUCCUCCCCACCCUCGCCAACCCCCUGCUCUCCUCCCCCUCCCCCUCCCCCUCCCCCCGCGCCACCCCCGUCCCGCUGGACACAACGCCCAUAAUCCACGGCCUACACAUCCGCGCCCCGCAAACAACCUGCGCCCCCAACUCCGGCACCGACAACACGGGCUGCGGCAACUCCGGCACGGGCAACUCAGGCACGGGUAAUUCCGGCAUCUGCCUGUCGGGCACCGGCGAGUCUGGUGUCGGCGACUGUAGCAACGCGGCCGAGGCCGUGGCCACGAGUGUGUAUGUGCUGCAGACCGCGACCACAAUCUACCUGGUGUCGACGGUGACGGUGGAGGGCAACUCGGUGGUGACGACUGUGCAGAGCGUGUUUGCGGCGGGCGCGACGGCGACGCAGACGAUUGUUGUGGAUGAUGGGCGGUAUAGUCGCCCUGGCUGUGCGUACUGGAGGACGCAGGGGUAUAUUUGCUCUGCGGCCGGGAGGGGCGUGGAGGUGUCGAGAUUGGCGGCGGCGGUGGUCGGCGUUGUUGGGUUGGCGGUGAUGUUGUAA